AUGUCACUCAACCGGUCGUAUUACCUAAUUACCUCCUCGAGUAUUACCAGUACUUUCACUUUCUGGUUAGGUCAAUAUAUAGUGCACGUGCGAGGCGGUAUAGGCCCGCUGGUGCACGUGCGAGGCGGUAUAGGCCCGCUGGUGCACGUGCGAGGCGGUAUAGGCCCGCUGGUGCACGUGCGAGGCGGUAUAGGCCCGCUGGUGCACGUGCGAGGCGGUAUAGGCCCGCUGGUGCACGUGGGAGGCGGUAUAGGCCCGCUGGUGCACGUGGGAGGCGGUAUAGGCCCGCUGGUGCACGUGCGAGGCGGUAUAGGCCCGCUGGUGCAAGUGCGAGGCGGUAUAGGCCCGCUGGUGCACGUGCGAGGCUGUAUACGCCCGCUGGUGCACGUGCGAAGCGGUAUAGGCCCGCUGGUGCACGUGCGAGGCGGUAUAGGCCCGCUGGCGCACGUGCGAGGCGGUAUAGGCCCGCUGGUGCACGUGCGAGGCGGUAUAGGCCCACUGGUGCACGUGCAAGGCGAUAUAGGCCCACUGGUGCACGUGCGAGGCGGUAUAGGCCCACUGGUGCACGUGCAAGGCGAUAUAGGCCCACUGGUGCACGUGCGAGGCGGUAUAGGCCCGCUGGUGCACGUGCGAGGCGGUAUAGGCCCGCUGGUGCACGUGCGAGGCGGUAUAGGCCCGCUGGUGCACGUGCGAGGCGGUAUAGGCCCACUGGUGCACGUGCAAGGCGAUAUAGGCCCGCUGGUGCACGUGCGAGGCGGUAUAGGCCCGCUGGUGCACGUGCGAGGCGGUAUAGGCCCGCUGGUGCACGUGCGAGGCAGUAGACCCCCUGGUGCACGUGCGAGGCAGUAG